AUGUUGGCUAUUCUCAUAACAUGGGCUAAGAAGUAUUGUCAGGUUGGAGGCCUUAUUUCACAUCUGCUUGAUGGAGCUGUGGCAUCAAUAUCAGCUGGCAAUGAUGAAUAUGUCGGCAAUCUCAUUGCCGACGCAUUGGAGAAGAUAGGCCCUGAUGGGAUAAUCAAAAUCGACUCCUCAUCUUCCAUAUAUACUUCAGUUGAGAUAAAAAAGGAUUACACCUCACCUCAUUUCAUCACAAAUCCAGACAAAGCAAUUGUUGAAUUUGAAAAUGCUAGAGUGCUUUUAACUGAUCAACGGGUGAAUGAAAUCCAAGAGAUACUUCCUUUGCUUGAGAAGACCACACAGUUGAGUGUCCCUUUGUUGAUUAUUGCCGAGGAUAUUUCGCAUUCGGUGUACUCGACUCUGGUUCUUAACAAACUGAAUGGUUUGCUCAAUGCUGCGGUUGUCAAAUGUCCUGGUUUGGGAGAUGAAAAGAAGGCUAUUCUGCAAGAUAUUGCCAUUAUGACAGGUGCAGAUUUCUUUGUUAGUGACCUUGGUUGGGGCCUUCAAGCAAUUACGUCUGAUCAGCUGGGCAUGGCUCAAAAGAUCACUAUCACGAGUGAAUCUACAACUAUAAUUGCACAUCCCUCUAUGAGACCAGAGAUUGAGGCUAGGAUUAUGCAAGUAAAGCAAGAUCUAGAGGAGAUAACAAGUGCCUAUCUAAAAGAAAGGUUUUCCGCAAGAAUUUCUAAACUCUCAAGAGGUGUAGCAGUUAUCAAGGUAGGGGCAGCCACUGAAGCUGAACUUGAGGACAGAAAGCUGAGAGUGGAGGAUGCGAAGAAUGCAACUUUUGCAGCCAUUAGCGAAGGCAUCACACCUGGUGGUGGUGUAACAUAUGUUGAACUGUCAAAGCAUAUUCCCAGUAUCAUGGAUCUCGUGGAUGAUCCGGAAGAGAAGAUUGGUGUAAAUAUUGUGGGGAAGGCACUCCUUGUCCCUGCUAUGACGAUAGCUCGCAAUGCCGGCGCAGAUGGUUCAGCUGUCAUAGAGAAGAUUCUUGAAAGCGAGUGGCGAGUUGGGUACAAUGCGAUGACCGACAAGUUCGAAGAUCUUGUUGAUGCUGGCGUGGUCGAUCCGUCCCGGGUUGAAAGAUGCGUGCUCUAGAACUCUGCUUCUAUCGCAGGGCUAAUUCUAAUGACCCAAGCAAUGAUGUUUGAUAAGAUAAAGAAGAAAAAGUCACCCAUUCCUGAAAUUCCAGGCCUCCCGCCGCUGCAGAUAAAUCAAAAUGCUUAGGUCUGAGCAAUUCUUGUCCUGUUAUCAAUGAUGGUUCCAUAAAUGUGAAGAUCAUUUUGCUCUA